AUGAAUCGACGUUCUGAGGUGGUUACACUUCCAAAAGGUACCCGUAUGGACUUCUCGAAAUUUGAUUCUAGUGACCCUGCCGAAUGGGUGUAUUGUGCUAAACGGUUUUUUGAGCUGAACACAACUCCAUCAGAAUUAAGGAUCCGCCUUGGUUCCUUUCACCUCAGGGGUGAGGCCUUGCAGUGGUUUAAAUGGAUGAAUAGAGUUGUGGGUUGGAAGGAUUGGGAGCAUUUUGUUCAAGCAAUAUCAACACCUUUUGGUCCAAGUCAGUUUGAGGAUUUUGCUGAGAUCUUGGCCAAACUAAGACAAACAGGCUCGUUGAGAGAGUACCAGAAAGAAUUUGAGAAAUACUUGAACAGAGUAGAUGGACUUCCAGAGGCAUGCCUCAUAAGUUGUUUCAUUGGUGGAUUGAUUGACGAAAUUCGAGUGGAAGUCAAGAUCUUACAACCUUCUACUUUAAUUUCGACCAUGGGGUUGGCUAGGCUGAUUGAGCAUAAGCUGAGUUCGAAACGGGGAAGGGUCUUCACGCCCAAAAGUGUGCUGCUUCCCAAUACUAAAACACAGGAAAUGAAGAAUACUCCCAGUUUACCUCUUGUUAAGAUGUUGUCUCCAGGAGAGAUGGCGGAACGUAAGAAGAAGCAACUUUGUUACAAUUGCGAUAAAGAAUGGAUACUGGGCCAUAGGUGUAAACAGAAGGCUUUAUUUUUACUUGAAGAAUGUGAAGUGGAGUGUGAAGAAACAGAACGGGUAUCACCAAUACCUGAAUUCUCCACAGAAGUUAGUGUUCCUGAAACUCUCCAUAUCUCUUUGGCGGCUUUAGGAGGAUCUACCACCCCCCAAACGAUGCGAGUUACCUUAUACAUCAAGAAUCAACAUUUCACUGCUCUAAUUGAUUCAGGAAGCACACACAACUUCUUGCAUCCACGUUUGGUGACGAGACUUGGGUGUAAACUAGAAAAUUGCACGGAUUUGAAGGUGAGAAUUACAGACGGUGGGAGUAUGCAUAGUUCGGGGUUCUGUCCGUCAAUUCCAGCUCGCAUUCAACAAUAUUCGGGGAAGGCUGAUUUCUUUAUCCUUAAGUUAGGAGGAUGUGAUGAGAUAUUAGGAAUGGCAUGGUUUAGGACUCUUGGAACGGUCUUGAGGGACUUUGAUAAUUUACAAAUGCGGUUCACUAGUGAAGGAAAAGGUGUAACUAUUUCAGGGUCAAACUCAAAUCAGAUUGUGGUAAUUGAGGCACAAAGGAUGGAAAGAAUUUUGAAGGGGCCUGAGCCAUUGGGGUUCUUGGUGACUCCUGUAGAGACAAACCAAAUGCAAGAGGUGUCUAGUGAAUUAGACUCUUUAAUUACAACCUUGAUUCAAUGCUUCAGGAACAUUUUUGAAGAGCCUACUGAGUUGCCUCCAAUGAGGAAUCAGAACCACCAGAUUCCUACCGUGCCAGGGAGCUCACCUGUUAAUGUGCGCCCUUAUUGGUAUGCUCAUUUUUAG